CUAACCUCUGGUUUGCGGAGCGGUCGGGUGUAUUCUCCGCUCGCCCCCACGCCUUCGAGGACCCCGCCGCCCGACCCAACGGCGGAGCCAGCCAGUGGUUCCCGGGGCGCCCUCCCGCACCGAUCCCUCCUCUCUGGGGCGGGACCUGGCCCGACGGCUCCGGUCACUAUGAGUGAAGCAUCUUUCAACCUAAUAUCAGAAAAAUGUGACACUCUGUCAAUUCUUCGGGAUCAUCCUGAAAACAGGAUUUACCAGAGGAAAAUCCAGGAACUCAGCAAAAGGUUCACUGCGAUCCGCAAGACCAAGGGGGAUGGGAACUGCUUCUACCGGGCCUUGGGCUACUCCUACCUGGAAUCUCUGCUGGGGAAGAGCAGGGAGAUACUCAAGUUCAAAGAGCGUGUACUGCAGACCCCAAACGACCUUCUGGCUGCUGGCUUCGAGGAGCACAAGUUCCAAAACUUCUUUAAUGCUUUUUACAGUGUGGUAGAGCUCGUGGAGAAGGACAGCUCCGUGUCCAGCCUGCUGAAGGUGUUCAACGACCAGAGCUCCUCGGACCGCAUCGUGCAGUUCCUGCGCCUGCUCACGUCAGCCUUCAUCAGGAACCGCGGAGACUUCUUCCGACAUUUCAUCGAUGAGGAGAUGGACAUCAAAGACUUCUGCACUCAUGAAGUAGAGCCCAUGGCCACGGAGUGUGACCACAUCCAGAUCACGGCCCUGUCCCAGGCACUGAACAUUGCCCUGCAGGUGGAGUAUGUGGACGAAAUGGACACGGCCCUGAACCACCACGUGUUCCCCGAGUGUGCCGUCCCUUCCGUUUACCUGCUCUAUAAAACGUCCCACUACAACAUCCUUUAUACAGCCGAUAAACGUUGAUUAAUUUUAGACCAUGCAGUGGAGCCUGUCACCUAAUGGGACUGCGUUUUUUCUUUUUUUUUUUUUUUGCGGUACGUGGGCCUCUCACUGUUGUGGCCUCUUCCAUUGUGGAGCACAGGCUCCGCACGCGCAGGCUCAGCGGCCAUGGCUCACGGGCCCAGCCGCUCCGCGGCAUGUGGGAUCUUCCCGGACCGGGGCACGAACCCACGUCCCCUGCAUCGGCAGGCGGACUCUCAACCACUGCGCCACCAGGGAAGCCCUACGGGACUGCAUUCUGAAUGGAACAUUGCAGCUUUUCAGUUUUUCUAAGCGAUUUAUAGUUAGAAAAUGUGCAGCCUUUUGGGCAAAGUCACUGGGAAUAAGGUCUACUCACUAUGGACUGGUGGUAACUUGGCGAUAUUUUUAAUAUUUAUCUUCAUGGAGGAUCAAAUGUUUUCUAACUCUGGGCUAGGAAGCCAUAUGCCCUGGCUCUACCCCAGUUCUGAGACCUUGCAUAGGACACCUCCUCUCUCUGGGCCCAAUUCUUCAUCUGGAGGAGGUUCCUGCCAGUGUUGACAUUCCAUUGUGGUAUAAAAAUGGGGUCCUCUGGUUUAUUUUCACCAGGGGCAGUGCCUCUCUGUAGGAGAAGAAAAGCCCAAGAUCAGCUGUCUUGAGUGACUUACCAGUUCUAUAAAAAAUCAAGUCCAGUCAGCUGUUGGACUGGACUUGGGCACACGGUGAAUUGAGGCCAAUUUGAAUGCGAGGGCUUCAGUGUACUUCCAAGCAUUCAUGACUGUUUUCUUACCCCUAACUUGAGGAAAAAGAUACUUUUAUGCCAAAGUCUAGAAAGAGGCCUGUAGCCAUCAGCGCGAAGCCCGAGUUGUCGGGCCCCUCUAUCUCCCUCAGGGCCAGGACUGCCUGCUUUCUGGCGGGCAGCCCUGCAGGGUUCUGCCGCCAGCCCCACCUGGACAGACACUGAGAAAGCCUAAGGUCUGGGGCCAAGAAGGUGUCUCAUCGUCCCCAACACAUCCUGGAAGUAGAACAUGGAUCCUCAGCCGGGUGGAGACAUCGAUCAGCACGUGCAGCCGUAGACACCAGCUGAGCAGCACACACAAGGUGUUCUGAGGCUGUCUUUGGCUUCCUUUCCCCUUCCCCCGCUUCUGUUUGGCUUACGGGCUGGCUAGAGGUUAGUGGGAAAGGACAGAGAUAAGCCGAGGAGACUGGCCGUGGGGAGAUCACCUCUGGGGAAACCGCCUGGUAGCCAAGAGCCCUGGCGCUCGCCGGUCUCCCUGUUCAUCCACCUGGACAUACGCCCCUUAAUAACCUCCUCACCUUGCUGCCUCAGGAUCUCGAGGAGCCCUGGCUGGGCUGGGGCGCUGCCAGCAAGCUCUCUUCCUCUGGGAAGAAAUGGAGAAUGCAAGGGUGUGGAACUGCCUUCCUUAAUCGAAGGCCUCACAGGUUCCAUUCUGCAGGGGUUUGUUAGAACCUGUUGGUGCUGCAGUGCCAGGCUGUGGUGUCUGCCGACAGGCAAACUGUGCACCAGGAGGACUGGGUGACAGACUGCUCCCAACCCUUGUAUACAAAUGUCAGAUUGGUAUCAGUCUUCCGCCUUUGUGAAAACUGAUGUCAGGGUGCUUUUAAUGCCAGGCAGGGACCCAGGUUCCCAUACUGCCCUUGGCUGGAACUUGGACCCCAAGGGCUCAAGCUAAGUGACUGUCACUUUUUCACAGGAAUGUAAAGCUGACCCUGAUCUCUGAUCACUGGACAGGAGUGCUGUGACAAGUACACUGUAAGAGUGGGGUAACAUGUUACAUGUUUUGUGAGUAUCACGAUCCCUGUUUCCAAACUGAAGGACACUGAGCCGAAUCUUGGCUGCUCUGAGCAGUUGUGAGAUGGGUCCUGGGCCUCCAGCUGGGCUCUCGAGCACAGUAUAAUCAGCACUGGCGGCCACUUAACUGCAUUUGUAGCUUGUGUAGCAUUCACAAAAGCAAAGCUUUCUCUUUGGCAGACAGGCUGGAGAAAUUCCCCCUGAGGUGUGUCUGUGCUGUGUUUCCAGGCCGGAGAGCCUGCCAGUGCUCAUGUGGGACCCUCUUCCCAAGAGAGAUCCUAUCAGUUUAGAAUCAGAAUGCCCAAGAGAGGCAGGCUGUUUUCAUGACCUUCCUCUCUGCUCUCCCGUUUUUCAUAAAACCAUUGGGCAAAUCCAAACCACUGCUCUCUUCCCUUCACAUCUGCCCUCAGAUCUUGCCUCUGAAGGGAAAGCACUAUGGAGGAAAGGAGUGGCAGAAUUCAGAGAAGCUUUAAGUAACAAAUGUAAAACCCAGUCACCCGUGGACACUGCCCUGCUUAUGUACCGCAGCCAGCCACGCCAGCAAUCACACUUCCUGGGUAAUUCUUCACCCACCCCACAAAGCCUUCUCUUUGCAGACCAAAAGCUGGAAGGAAGGUUGCUUUCAGAGUUUGUCUUUACAACUGCACGUGUUACCUUCCUUCCAAAGGGAACUUUACAAACCAGUGCGAAUAUCUGGCAACAAAAACCACUGUCCUUGCUUUUGGUUCCUACUUUAAGCACAGAGUGGCUCUGCAGCCAGGCUGCCUGGGUUCAGAUCUUCAGCUUUGCCACUAACUAGUUAUAUGACCUUGGCCAAGUCCCUUCACCUCCAAGUUCCAGUUCCCACAUUAGUGGAAUGGAGACAACACGUCACAGAAUUAUCGGUUCAAGUGGAAUAAGAUUACAUGUGAAAACAAUCGCAAGACCUGGCGCCUAGCGAGCGCCCUACAAGUGGGAUGCGUCCCCCCACGGACCCUUCCCAGCGGGCUGCGGCAGAACACUGCAAGACGGGAAAACACGCCACCUUGGCAGUGGCACUGUGGUUUCCCAAACAGGGAAGAAGUCUAAGGACCAAACGCAUUCCCGUGCUGAGCGGAAAUAGGGGCAGGGGCUGUGGCUCAGUAAAUGGUUCCCCAGGGGCCCCUUGUCCCGUGGGACGUAGGCCAGGCCCACAGCUUCCUCGGGCAAUGGGUAAAAACAUUUUCCUAGCAUUAAAAUGGUUUCCAUGACAACUGUUCAUCCUGGCUUCUUAAUAGUUGGUACCUGGUAUGCACCAAAAAUCAACACUACUAUCCUAUGGGGCUUGUACGUGUGAGUGGACUAGCACGGGUAGGAGUGUCCUUGUUUAGUGAAAGGUCCAGACACUCAGGAAACUCUGUCCUUGGGCUGGGCUGGAGGUGCCAAAGGAACCACAGGCCUCACCAAAGCUUCACCUCAUCAGGUCAGACAGCAAAACUGUCAGGGAGGCUGGCCCUAUCUUUUAAAACCUAGCUCUUUAACAUGUUACCCCACAAAAAGGAAUUUGCUGUUAGAGGGCAAGGACAGGCUGUCACAGGACGUUAGUGGCUCUGUUUGGCCUGUGCCAAGUAUCCUCAGGCCUCUCAUGGCUCAGGUGCUAAGGGACCCUGACCCUGCGUAUACUUCCACUGUAUCAUUUGGAAAAUGGAGAGCCCCCCUGCCAUCCUCUGAUAGCUGUCACUCAGGAGCUUCACAGACUAGGGCUGUUUUCUUUUGCAUUCUCCUCUCCCAGUCACUGGUGACACUGGGGAGACAGGCUCUGGCAACACUGCUGACUUUUAAAACCAAAGCAGUUUUCUGAACUUCCCUUGGGCCUACAAGGAAAUACCCAAGGUUCUUAUCCCAGCUCUGCCACUUGACUGCCGUGUGACCCUGAGCAAGUCUUAGCCACUCACAGUGAGCUUUCUCAACUGCAAAGAGGGUACUCUAAGACUCAUGUCCCAGGGCCUUGACGGAAAACCAGAUGACAAUCGAAGUAGAUAAAAAUACCCAACCAACACUCAGUGAUACCUGAAUCUGAGUUUAGGCCAACUACCCUGUUGCAGUUGCCCACAGGGACCGAGGGAACACAGCUGCCAACCAUGAGGCCAAGGGAACGUCUGUUCAGAAGCCCAGACUUAGCUGUGCAGAAAUCAGUGCUUCUCCCAUGCCUGUGGCUCCUCACCCAGGCUGGCCCCGAGGAAGCUGCGGAGGCGCCGGGAGGCCUCGGGCCCCUCAGCACGUAUUUACAGCAGGCCCUGAGCUAAGUGCAAGGGCUGCAAGGAGUAAUAAGCAGCUUCUGCCCGCAGGGAGCUCAGCAAGGCGCCGGAGACCAGUGUGGCAAGUGCCGUGAAGAGGGUGAGCCUGGGCACUGUGGGAGCUCACGAGAGGAACACAUCACCUCCUGGGUCUCAGGGGCCAGCAGUGCUCAGGGGCAGGAAAAGGCAAACAGGCCAAGGAAAAGCUUGGACAAAGGCUCAGGGCAAAAGAAUGGGGGCGUGAGACCGUGGGCAGCAACCGGUCUGUCACACAGAGGAAGGAAGCAGAGAGACGAGGCUGGAGAGACUGGCCAGGGCCAGAUCCCAGGUGCCUCACAGCCAGACUCAGCAGACUGCUCCUGGCUUCCCCACACGUGGCUCUGUGAUGUCACGGAAGCUGUGUUCUCUUGGAAGCCGGCAAUCUCUUCCCUGCCCACCUCCCAGCGAGGCUAAGACAAGACAGCAGCUGUGAGGUAGAGCUAAGGAGCUGUUAGGAUUCUUCUGUGGAGAAAAACGGGAACACACGUUGCGGACCCAGGCAGAAAUGACUUUACAGUGAUCUGCGAAGCUCACCAGCCUCUCGCUCUAUCCACACCGUGCAGCGGAGUGAGACACACCCCGCAUGCAUCCUGCAGCCAGAGGACUAUGACUGUGUCCCCACAUCCUGGCUAAAAACUCAAGAAAAUGCGCUGGUUCUGACCACUGUUUUUAAUUGAGGAAAUCUAGUUAACCAUACAAGGAGCCUGUAAACACUGGAACGCAGAAAUAUAUGAGAUGCUAUACAUAGAAUUCGUACUGUGAAACAACACAGAUCUGCAUGAGGUCUCUCCUGCUACCGGAGGUGGUGUGUGCAAGAGAGAGAUUUUUGUAACUGGGGCUGACAGUGGCGUGAAGUCAAAGGGGCGAAGGUUUUCCGUACAACCAGAGGACACAGACACAACGUGCGGUCACCAGCAGACCCUGACCUGGGGGGCAGUUAGCCUGCACUUGUGCUUGGCCGUGGCUGUUCCUGCUGCUGCUCUUUCGGCUGCUGCUUCUUCUUCUUCUUCUGUUUGGAGAGGCAGCUCAGCGCGGACUCGCCGUUUCUUGGGGCGGACACGAGCUCGGGCAGCUUGCCAGACUGAGUGGGAUACCUGGUUUUCAGGUCAUCCUUAAACAACGGUUGGGAGAGUAAAUGGCGCAGCUCCUUCUUCAGGACUUUCGUCUGCUUUUGUCGCCGACGCUCUUCUUGCUGGUCAACUUUUCCUCCUUGAAACACAAUUCAAAAUAGAUCAUGUUUACUAUGACCUGUAGGAGCAUUCUGUGUCCCCUGAUGGAUAACACUUGUGAUAAGAAAUGUUCUGGGACUCUUGGGGAGGAAAGCUCUCUGCAGAAACUAGUGUUGGCUAACUUCCAACACAGUUUAGGAGAACCACUCAGGGCCACUCUGUCCUUUACUCCUCCAAAAACCCCUCUAAGACAGGAAUUACCUUUAUUUUACAGUUGAGGAAAUCCAGGUCACUUGCCGAAGGUCACAGAGCUAGCCGCCAAAUUGAGAUUACUCCCCCAGUCUCCUGACCUGAAGAUCACUUUUCUUCCUAUGACCCACCCACUGGUUGCCUGGAAUUUGGUGACUGGACGGCUACAAACCCCUCAGGAGACAGUGAAAGCCACCUAUGCAGCCCAGCUCCCCUGCAUCUCCCCGCCAGCGCUGUAACUGCACCUGCAGAGGCGGACAUGGCCAGAGGGCUCCACGCCAGCCUGGCCUCAGGAAGGGAAGCCAGGGCCUCACAUCACAGCCCUAGCCCCAAGCCUGAGCUACCAGGAGGACCACUGACUGUCAUCGAGCCUAGUGAUUUGGUUCCUGGCUUCCAUGCUGAGCAGAGAGCAGUUAAGCCUGCCUCUGAAUUUGUUGGCUUUGGCACCGAGAUGCCAACACCUCAGCUGAGCUGCCCACUUGUGGGGUGGAAAGGGCACUGGACCUAAUUCUGGUGUUAGUUCUAGAUGUGGUUCUACCACUUCUUAGAGUCAGGAGCUUUCCCAGAGCAAGGACCACACAGAUUCAUCCCUGAAUCCUUAGUCUCUGGCCUAGGUUCGGAGCAGGGGCUCAGUCAACACCCGGUGCUGGAGCUGCUUCCCUGCACAAAUCGCUUCUGUGAGCCUCUAGUUCCCAAAUGUAAUAACAAUUCCUGCUCUGUUUACAUCAUGAGGCUGGAGAAGAUCAAAUGAGAUGAUGACAGAAGUGCUUUGUCAGCUUGGAAGACAGGUGACAAUAAAUAACUUAAAAUGUACCCAACACUUUCUAUUUGCCAGGCACGGUUAUAAGCACUUUAUACUCAUUAACUCAAGCCAUCUUUGCAACCCCAUGAAGUAGGUAGGUACUUUAUGACCUGCGUUUUAUAAAUGAGGACAGCCUAGGUACGACAGAGAGGUUAAAUAACUUGACCCGGUCACACAGCUAGUUAGGGAUGAGGCAGCAGUCAAUCACAUGCAGCCUGGCCACAGAGCCUGCCCUGACAUCACUGUACUCCACUGCCUCUCCACACGAGGGGUGGAACUAUAGGCUCCGGACAAACGAUGACAGAAGCAGACCAAGGCUGAGGGCUUUAGGCUCAUCUGAGAUUAGGGCCUGUCACGAAGAAGGAAAAGGCGCCCUGCCGAUUUUGAUAGGACCCAUGGUGGUGGGGAGGUUCCAACAGACAGAAGCUGAAGGGAAAAACGAAAGAUACAAGCUGAAUGAACCCUUCCUCAAGUCCGUCUCGCCCCUUACCCUUAUACAUUUCUUCUUCCAGCUCAAUCUCAAGGGCAGCCGCCGCCUGCUCAAUCCAAGAAUUGUGCAGACAAGCCUGGAAGUUGCGAUACUCAGCUUUUUCAAUCUGUCGAGCUAAACGGAUUCGUUCCUAGAGGAAAGGAACAGAAAGUAUUCAUCUGACAGAGGAUUCAGGGUUCUGGGAAGAAAAGUCUCAUUUAAGUUGUGUUUUUAAACAAGCUCUUGAGAUCAGUGUUCAGUGAGAUGCACCUCAGCUCCCAUCACAAUGCAUCUGCUUUGGUUCCUGAUGAAAGCACAGAGGGCAACUGCUCCUUGUGAGCGUGUUCACACGAACCACAAGAGCUGUCUUUCCAAACCUGCUCGAACAGCCCCUCUUCUUGGCAGCCCACCUCCGUCAGACUCCCGAGCUACACGUGCCAAAGGGAACUGUUUCCGCAGACACCGCAGCUGGCUUCCAUAGCUGAGCUGAGACCUGGAGACACCCCGAGAGCCCUCAGUUAGGGCCCCGCUCUCACAGGGACAACACAGAACUGUCACAGAACUUCCAUCCCCUCUUCCACACUGUCCUCUGCCAAAAACAUUUCCGUUCUCCUUCUCCUGGGUUCUGGGUUCAGACCGCAGCGACAGGAUACAGCAGGAAAAUGGGAAGGAUCUUGUGAUAUAGGGAAAAGAGCCACGGGAAGCCAGGGUGGCUCCUAAUCCCCUCUGCUUUCCCCACCACUCCAUCUCACCUCCCGCCCUAUUUCCCUGCACAGCUAACAGUCCUUUCGAGCCAGAGGAGCCAGCAGAGCUUGAACCAUUCCUUGCUUUUUGCUCCCCCAAUUCCUGGAAGUCCAUCCCUUCUUCACCCCUUCACAUCUCUGCCUGCAGGAGGCUUGGAGGAAACUAAAUCUCCUACCAAUGUUACCAUAUACCCACCAGUCCACAGUGCUCCAUUUGUACCUGAACUUCAGCCAGACUCAACCUGCCUCACGAGCCAGUGGAUUUCUAUGGAAGAGAACCCACCCUGUUUUGGUGCCUGACACGCUGCAGCCCAUAAUAAGCAGCACCCACUCAGGGAAUGUUUAUUGAGUUAAAAAUAAACCCCCGAAGGUAGGAAUUACAGGCAUCUGCUUCAGGGAUUGACAAAACUUUAGUUUCUGCCUCAGCACGACACACUGACCUCACUUCCCUAUAACCCUCCAUCCAAAGGCAUGUCCAGACAGCCAUGCUCACUGCCC